GACAGGGCCAUAUUCGUGCAAAAGUAGUUAUGGCUCUUCUAGGAGCUCUGCAGGGUCUGCGAUCGUCAAUUCUGACCCGUGUCAGCAUCCCUGUGAAUAGAGUGCAGGUUGUGGGUGCAGCGUCCACGCUCUCUUUAGUGCGCGCCUUCUCAGAAAGCACAUACCUGGACAAGAAUAUAGUGACAGAUCGAGUCCUGGAUGUCGUGAAAAAUUUCGACAAGGUGGACCCAUCAAAGGUCACCCCGUCGUCGAGCUUCCAAAAAGAUCUUGGGCUGGAUAGCUUGGACACAGUGGAGGUGGUCAUGGCAUUUGAGGAGGAGUUUGCAGUGGAGAUCCCUGACAGUGAAGCAGACAAGAUCCUGAGCACAGCUGAUGCAAUCAACUACAUUGCAGCCCACCCGCAGGCCAAAUAAGCAGAUUGGUAGAUCCUGACACGACCUUGUGUAGGUGGCUAGGCAGGGACACGGUGAUUGGAUAGUCUCUAGACAUGUCACAGCACAUACGGCUGCAAUGCAUGAUACUCUCAAGAACCUGUUUUAGCCGCUGCAGACGGGGGUGCAAUAUUGUUCCUUUCUGGUGCCUUCCUCUAUUCACAAGAGCAAUGUCCAAUACUCUGUGGGACACGACUUCUGUGUUGCAGCCUGUGAUCUUACGAGUUCGUGGUCUGUAAACGUGUUGAAAUACCAUCCUGGAUCCUUUAAUUUCGUGAUGCGGGAC